AUGAGGUGUGCGGGCCGCUCCCGUGUCCCUCCCACCUUCAAACAUGAGAGCCCAGAAGCGAGCGACGGGCCACUGGCCCACCGACCAACUGCCGGACCAAGCGCCCGACCAACCAGCGGACCGACCGCAGCGGCCGGGGCCGGCGCCCACGUGACGGGGCGGGGACCUGCGGAAGGCUCUUCCCGGAGCGCCGCGCCCCCACCCCGGGACCUGCCACAGGGACCACCCCCUUGGGCACCCGCUCCCUCUCGGGCACCGAAGAAGCCUGCUGGGACCCGUCCACCAGGGUUCCUGUUCCCGGGAGACCGGCCUGGUCAGCCCCGCCCCUUCGAACCUGCCUGGUCCCCACCCCCUGGGCCGCGCGUCCGGGCCCCAGCCCCGCCUCUCUCGGCGGACCGCGCCCCCUUCCGGGAGCCCCGCCCCGCUCGCCGCGCCUCCUCCUCCACACAGCUCCGGUUGCGGGGAGGCCCGGGUGGGUACCCAGCGCUCCGGCUCCCAGUCUCCUGGGCUUCUCCAGCCCUUCAGCGCCGUUCUCCGGUCACAGGGAAUGAAAGCGAGGAAGAAGGAAACUGUGUCGAGAAUUGCGAAGAGAGAAAGCAUAGAAAACCCACGUUAGAGGCACACCCAGAGCAGAAACCCUUCGGAGCAUCCCGACUUCCUCGGCCCGCGUGCAAUCCAGGCAAAAUUGAGGUUGUCUCUGAGCCGCCCUGCCUAAGCAGGUCGGAAAGCCCCCGAAUCAUCCCAGGUCCCGCCGCGCUGCACUCGCAACCUGGGGUGGAGGUCCCUCUAGUGGUUGGCACCAAACAAAAGUUCUGUCUUAUGAAGAGCCGAGGUCAGGAAGCAUUUCCCUGUGCCCAGCACCAAGGUCUGGGACCUUAGGUCCAAGAAAAGAGUUGGCAAUGUCUGACCACAGGAAUGGGUUCUCGAACUGGGGAGGACUGAAGCUGGAGAUCUGGUCCAACCCCUACCUCCAGCGUGUGGCCUGAACCCGUUUUGGUUGUACUGCUAUGUUGUGGCCCUGCCCAGGCCUCCAAGGACUGGCUGCUGUUAAGCUGUUUAAAAUCCCUGUAGGCCUCAGAUGGCAGCGACACCAGGGACUCGGCAUAGUCCCCAGCUCUGGCAGGAGUCACCACAGCCCUGGCCUUUAGUUCUCUACAGGCUGGAGUGUCGACAAACUCCACAGGACACAACUUUUUCAAACCAAAUUUACCCUCGCGGUCUGAAAUGACCAGUAGGCCCAGGAGAAUUUUACAUGUGAACAGAACCUAACCCACCCUGGCAAAUAUGAGACGUGUGGUCACUGCGGGAACCUGGCCAGCAGCGGACCAAAGCACAGCCAGCAGGGGAAGGCUGGGGCCCGCAAGAGUUGUGUUACAACAGGACACCCUUCAGUUCUCUUUCACUUCCUUAAAAUAGCAGCAGAGCGACUUUUGUAGGCCCAGGCUGCCACAGUUCACACAAGUUCAUGGCUGUUUCCAAAUCCCACCCUUUAUUGCCCUGGUGGACCCACUCGCCUUGCCUCAGCCCCCAGAAACUGCUAGCCUGUUCUUAAAUUGAUACAGUUACCUUUUUAAAUGUUCUAAGUCACCGGCUCUGGAGCUUCUUUGCACUUUGGAACCAACUUGCGGGAAGGAACUUUAAAAAUACUGAUAUCUCGAUCCAUCCCCAGAGGUUCUGAUUUAAUGGUCUUGGGGGUAUGGCCACCGCAUGAGGACUGUUAAAACUCCGCAGGUGAUUCUUAUGUGCAACAAAGUUUAAGAACCACUGAUGUAGGCCAUGUCGAUGUCAGUCUUCACUUAAAUCCAACAAGACCCCAGAGCUAAAACGUUCACCUGAAAGAAACCCCAUUCCCAGGCCUGCAUACUGAACUGCGCUGGCUCACAAGAAGCAAAGUGGUCCCUUAACAGGGGCUUCCUGGAGAAAAUGUCUUGACCUAAAAGAGUGAUUCGAGCUGCAGGGAUUUAAGAGAGACAGGGCCUUGCUCUGUCACCCAGGCUGAAAUGCAGUGUUGCAAUCAUGGCUCGCUGUAGCCUCAAGCUCCUGGACUCAGGCGAUUCUCCUAUCUCAGCUUCCUAAGUAGCUGGGACUACAGGGCUCAGUGUGGUCAAAAGAAGACUAUAGAAUCAAGGAUGAAGAGAAGGAACAGAAUAAAAGGACGUCUCAGCAGGAGGCUCUGUGACUACUAUGUAAUUCUUACAAUACAGCAAAUGAUGCCAUACAGUGAAGCACCUUGAAAGAUUGCUGGGAUAAGCUGACAGCAUGGCAGCCAAAAUAGUGACCCCAGGCUUGCAGGAAUUCUGUGCUUUCUGGAGGAAAUGGUCAUGGGUUUCCCAACCUGCCUUUUAAACUAAGGACCAAGCUGAAGAAGCCCCUGUCUUCCAGCGCAUGUUAUUCCCAUGACAGAUGCUAAAAGUUCAAGGGGGGGGGUUCCAACUCUUUUAAGGUCUCAUCUUCAGCACUUCUAAACUGUGGGAAACUAUGUGAAAACAAAUGGAGUGGCCAAACACACCAUUCAUCACUGUGCUUCUGGACAGCUGCAAGUCCAUACGUGUUCCGAUGAAGUCUGGCUCUGUUGCCCAGGCUGGAGUGCAAUGACACAAUCUCGGCUCACUGCAACCUCUGCCUCCUGGGUUCAUGCAAUUCUCCUGCCUCAGCUUCCCAAGUAGCUGGGAUUACAGACAUGCACCACCACGCCCAGCUAAUUUUUGUAUUUUUAGUACAAACAGGGUUUCACUAUGUUAGUCGGGCUGAUCUUGAACUCCUGACCUCAAGUGAUCCACUCCCCGCAGCCUCCCAAAGUGCUGGGAUUACAGGUGUGAGCCACUGUGCCCGGCCUUUCAGCUGAUUUUCCAAUCAAGAAGUUAUAUCAGUCUUUGUCUGCAGUCGCUCAAGGACUCUCUUUUAAAGUGCAGAGACUAUCCACCUCAGCUAUAGCACAGGGCUCAGCACUGUAUUUCCAGUUAUGGAAUACAGUUAUUUCAUAUAUGUUAUAUUAUUCUUAAUUCUGUCCCCAGUUCCUGCUACUGAGGAAGUCCAUACUCAGCAGGACAGUCUCUUGGUCUGCCAUGAAUUCAAACACAAUCUGUAAAGACAGUGAAGGAAGCUACAUCUGUGCAUGGGGGCUUUAGAGAAUUAUUGGCUUGAAGCAAUAAGAGGAACAUCUGGGCUGAGUAGUCCUCGAAGACUCUCAUGUGAUUCAAAAGUCCUUUUCUUCCUUAUCAUUUCCUCUCUUGCUAUCAAGCAUCUCCUCUGGCAGCAGCAACUGGAACUAAAAGUGAUUUCUCUAUAACAGCGAGCAAGUUUCUCAUGGCCUUUGCUAUUAACUCUUUCAUGCCUGCUGACCUACAAAGGAAUCAGGAGGGCUGGUGCUGGAGCAGAUGGCGCACUGUGAGUGAUGGUUUAGAUUCUGCCUGGACUCAAACCAUUUGGUUGAUGGCAGGAACCUUGAUUUUCCCCCUUCUUAUCCUGAGAGUGUAGGGUUUCUCUGAAUUAUUAUUUCUUUCUUUGCAAGGAUCCCUGGAUCCUCAUUCCUGAUAUAAGACUAGUUCUAGGUAAGUGCACAUUCAUGUGAUAUAUUGGUUCCAUACUAGGCAAUGGAAGUGCCACAUUAUCUGUAAGGAGCAGGAGAAGAGCCAUCAGCCCCAAUCCUGGGAACGAACUUUCUGUAACUUUAAGAAACAUAAAAUUUUAAAUGCAACUGAAAGAUUAUAUUCUGUCACCUCCAACUACUGACCCAUAAAUACAAUAGGCACCAUGGAGGCUAGGAUAAAGUGCAAGUUUAAGAUUAUAAGUGUGCUCAUAAUAAAUAUUGACAACAUCA